AUGGAUACCCUACUAACCGCCGAUGUCGUCGCGAGUGCACCUCGUUUUCGACGGAAGUCGUCAACCUUUGUUGAUGCUAUUCAUGACAUGCCGGAAAUGCCAGCUUUAGCUCCAGCUCAACUUUAUAGUACCGAAUCCGGCCGUCUCUUCCAUUCUGGACGGAUUGUCAUUAUCACGGUUGGGUUGCCAGCCCGGGGUAAAACGCAUAUAUCUGUAGCUCUUGCUAGAUAUCUUAGAUGGCUAGGAGUGAAAACCCGUAUUUUCCAUCUUGGGGACUAUAGACGAGCUACGGUUGGCGUAGGUGCUGAGCUGCCAGAGGACUAUUUCUUUGCAAAUGCAUCUGCGUCAUCCGUCCUUCUUCGACAGAAGAUUGUUAAGAGAUGCCGUGAGGAUAUAUAUCGGUUUUUGAACCAUGAAAAUGGACAAAUUGCCAUAUAUGAUGCUGUUAACCCCCUUGCUGCUGGAAGAAUAUCUCUCUCAAGAGAGUUUGCGAAACAAGAUAUUGAGACUUUAUUUAUUGAAUCAUCGUGCAGCGAUGAGCGUAUAAUCGAAGAGAACGUACGACGAGUGAAGAUCUCAUCUCCAGAUUAUGUGGGAUGGGAUUCUCAAGUGGCUGUAAAAGAUUAUUUAGCUCGAAUUUCUGCCAGGAUUCCACUCUUUGAAACGAUGCAGGAACAAGAACUAAACUAUAUUAAGAUGUUUAACGCUGGUGAGAAGAUGAUGAUAAACAAUCGCGGGUUUGGUUACCUCCACCAUCGAAUUGUGUUCUACCUCUUGAACCUCCAUAUCAAAAAUAGGCGCACCUACUUCGUCAGGGCCGGUACAUCCAUGGUAUCAGACUCAUAUAAGGCAGACUCCUCGCUUUCGUCUACGGGGGAAGAUUAUGCCCGCAAGAUGACUGAUACACUUAUUAAACAUCGGGAGGAGGAAAGAAAAAUUCUACUAGAACAGGGUGAGCCCGAUCCGCAACUCAGACCACUUAUUAUUUGGUCCUCAACCCGGCGCAGAUCUGUAGAGACUGCACAAUUCCUUCGGUUACAGGGAUAUAGAGUCCGGCAUCGUUCUCAGAUGAGCCAGUUGAACCCUGGGGUUUGCGAAAAAAUGUCUGAAGAACAGAUCAGAAAAGAAUAUCCUGAUGAAGUUGAAAUGCAUGACUUAGAUCCAUAUCAUCAUAGAUACCCCAGAGCUGAGUCUUAUCAUGACUUGGCCGUGCGGCUUGAGCCUGUAAUCCUUGAGCUAGAGCGCGAGCAAAAUGACCUUCUUAUUAUCGCACAUGAAAGCGUUUUAAGGGUGCUAUAUGGUUAUUUGAUGGCGUGUAACUCGACCGACAUCCCUUUUUUGUCCUUCCCACGAGACCAGAUAAUUGAGAUAAUCCCUGCCAGCUAUAAUAACCGGGCAAAGCGCAUACAUAUCCCAGACCUUCCACCAGAGAUUGUUCCAGGGUCACCAGAGGACAUUAAAAUUCCCGUGCCACAGAGUGGUAUCGUUUCACCAAUGCCUGGUGGUGGGUUGGAUGGCUCUUCAUUCGAAGGAGGUCCAACCCCGCAACUCGGAUUUAGGACACUCAAGCAUCCAGAAAAGAUUUCCCAGCAUCAUGCUGAAGAUGUCGUUUGA